GUUCCCAUGGUUACACGACUCACAAGUACACACUAAUAAAGAGAACCAGCAGCAAGUCACCAACACGGCAUCCCAAUCACCCUCGACACAAACACAAGCUUUCAUUUCUUCCCCGUCACCUGAAAAAUAAGACAAAUAUGGACCACAUUCAAGAACACGAGCAGGGAAAGACCCAUGAAAGGUUAAAGGAGAAUCAUAGGCGGGUCGUUUCACCUGUACAAAAUGUCAGCCUCAAUAUUUGGGACUCUAACGAGUCUGACACGGAAAGCUUGGCCGAGGAAAGGGCGUAUCAACAAGCUCUCCUCAGGCGGAUUGACGGCCACGUCGAGGUGGUGACACAACCCAAAGAUGAUGCCGACCAAGCCGUUUUAAAACCGAUGGAAAAACAAGACGAGGAUUAUAAAGAACAGGGGGAGGAAUGUUUGGAUGUGUAUGAUAGUCUGGAAGUAUCCACAUACAGACCAGACCAGAGGAAUUAUAGUCCGGUCUCCAGCAUUCAAUUCCCUGAUAACCAUCAGAUGGAUGACACCGAAGUGACGAGAGACAGGUAUUCAGAUCUGCGCUACGACCCCAACUGGAGAACAAACCUGAGGGAGGCUCCGAAGUUCCACAACGUCCGUCUUCCGCAAAACAUGGAGGAGAGGUCGGAAGAGAGCCACAGUGAGGGAGAGGGUCGUUCUACCAGAGGAGGCUAUAGCUACGCUAUCGUCAGAAACCCUGUUCUAUCAGAGAACGCGACUCCAGAUAUGAUGGGCAACCGUUUAGCGACUCAACACCACUUCGAAUCUUACCACCUGCAUCCACAAGAGAUGAAGGCUACCAGAGAGAAUCCACUGCUAUUACCCCACCACCUUCAUGUAGCAUCUAACCACAGUGUCACAGCCGGACCAAGGGAUUCCACACACUUACCAACCAAUACCCCCUCAGAAGGAGAAGGUAGCAGAACUCGACACAGGAAUGACCAAGUCAAACAGGUUGGGAUGAACUCGACACACCCCGACCACAACCCGUGCAGCUCUCCUGAGCCGGAGCGGGACAGCGAGAUGCGUGACAGACACGGUCAAGAGUUUCAGACGCGCUCUGAGCUCCAACGGGAGGCACAGGCUGGUGGAGCAGCCAGGGAGAAAGAGGUCAAGUAUUCUCUCAGACCAAAAGGUCCACAGCAAGUGUCAAAGAGAAAGACAGACAAACCCAAGGACGACAUUAUCGAACGGAACAGAACCACUCUGGGAAUCCAAGCAGCCAAGCGAGGGGGUUCUUAUUUGAAGGCCCAUUCACAGAAGGGAGAGGAAUCUGACACCUCGACUCAGUGUGUAAAGGUGACGGAUUCAUCAGAUGAGAUUACCACUGCUGGGAGCCUGGAGGGGGGUCUGGAGGACAGUCCGGACCCAGAACUGAGGUGGCUGCUGCAGGCACGACAACUGAGGGUGACCCAGAAGAAAGCCCAAUGGAGAGGAAACCUCCCGGAGAAGAGUCCCCCAGCCAGGCCCCUGCCCCAGCCUCCCCCCCAGCCUCACCUCCAGUCUCACCCCUGGCCCCACCUCCAGCCUCCCCCCCAGCCUCACCUCCAGUCUCACCCCUGGCCCCACCUCCAGCCUCCCCCCCAGCCUCACCUCCAGUCUCACCCCUGGCCCCACCUCCAUCCUCACCCCCGGUCUCACCCCCACUUCCCACACCCCUCCCAUCCAUCCCCACAAACCCUCAGUGACACAGACUCCACUUUCUCCAGCAGCUCACCCUCACACGCUGGACUCCAGAUGCACCCUGCACCCUCGGUCCACCUCCACAUCAACCUGCACUCCUCCUCUGACAUCCUCCCCCUCCUCCACCAGAGCAGACAGGGCCUCACCUCAACCUCCCCUGGACGCCCUCACAUGCUCUCUCACCCCUCCAGCUUGCCCCUGACAAGACACCUCCAUGCCCCUCUCCCGGUCCCCUACCACGGGGUGACGCUGGCUGCCAGCCCUGGGCCCCUCUCCCCUCCAGCCCUGGUGCCCCCGCCCAGGCUGGGCGUCCCAGCUAGGCCCAGUCCCUCCGAGGUGGGGAUGGCUGCUGAGCCGAGCGUCUGGAGCCAGGAGGGUUCUCCAGCAGGAUGGCCAGGGGACGGCAGCACAAGGUUCACCAGUCCAAGGUGGCAUUUGUCCCGUCCUGAUAACCAGAACCAGAUUGUUCAUGUGGAAAGCAGUGCCUUGCAUCCUGCAGAGAGUCACAACUACAGACCUGCUGUGUACAAACAGCAGCCAGACCCCAGGGCAGGGCUGCCCCCUAUAGGCCAUCUGAUGACAGGACAUCCUACAGUAGCACAGGGGAAUGGCACCCAGAAGAUAAACAUUCAGAGGAGCUGUUCAGAUGGAUACCUGGCACAGAUGGAGAAACACAUGCAACUAAAAGAGAGGCUCACUUACAAGGCCUACACACUGAGAGACUACCAGCGCCUGAAGCAGGACUUGAAGCUGGGGGGCCUUGGGCCUGUUUACACAGCCGAUGACGUCACAGUUGAGAAAAUGAGACGACAGAAGCUGUAUUCUAAUGUGAUCCGCGAGCAGAAUAAGAAGAUAAGUAGGAUGCCGACCCUGCCAGCCAGGAAGCCAGUGGGACAAGACCAGAAGGACCAGGUUCCCAGGAAGAAGGCUCUGGAGUACGCCAAGAGCAUUCCCCGGCCAGUCCCUCCCUCCAAGCCCCUGUCCGUGCCCAGGGAGGGGGCCAGGGGCCAGGGGGUCUCCUCUGACCGGAGGCCCUACCUGGAGGGUGUCGACUUCUCCCAGCUGGACCUCCUGAGGAAACGCCACGAGGAAGAGAAGGCGGCCGUGGCCCACUUCAAGGUGCUGCACGCCGUGUGACGCGCCCGCCUCUGAAGCUGCCCAGCUUGCUGGUCUCCUACCCUGAUCCCUGCUCACCUGGGUGUUCUCGGGUCCCCUACCCUGAUCGCUGCUCACCUGGCUGUUCUCGGGUCCCCUACCCUGAUCGCUGCUCACCUGGCUGUUCUCGGGUCCCCUACCCUGAUCGCUGCUCACCUGGCUGUUCUGGGGUUUCGGUAGGAGAGGGUACAUACCCUCAAUGCCUCUGAGGGUACAUACCCUACCCAGGCACCGCAUCGCACCCCGCGGCCUGACUCUACAGACAGUAGAUCCAUCCAUAGAUUUAUAUGUUUGGGAUUCGUUCAAAUUGUUUUCUCCGUUUGAUUGCUGUUGUCUGGGGUGGGAUUCAAAGACCGCGGGCGGAUAGUGCAAACAAGCAUCCACCUGGCAGUCCGGACAAACCAGCGCAAACGCUCCGUCUUUCAAAGGAUGUAGAAGGCCCAGGUUGUGUGUUGUGCUCUGGGACUAUUUAUUAGCACUUGUGUCAACUUCUCCACGUGUGUGUGUUCUUGCACAGCUUGUCUGCUGCUGUUGACACAAUGAUUUAUCUUGCCCUAUGCAAGCGUUUGUUCAACAAAUUAACUUGUUAAGCACUGGUUGCUUCUUUAUUCGUGAUGUUUAUGGUACUCACCACAGGGUAAACAUGUCUCUCCGAGUAGUUUGGACUUGCACUUGAUUAAUAUAUGAAAUGUAUGAAAUGUGCACAAAUGAUUUGUACAGUGAGUCAAUGAGCAUUAUUCAAAUAUAUCAUGCUCCAAUCUUGACAAGGAUAAUCCUUGUCUUGUUACCUAAAUCAUCUGUUGUAGUUUGACUGUGGAGUCAAAUACACUGUGUAAACUGAGCGAGGGCUGGUUUGAUCGAGACGUAUAUCAUUUACCUUCAUAACCAGCUGUGUGUUAACGUGUCACUUUUUUUGGGGCUCAUGUGCACUGUAGGUGAGGCAACAUACUAUGAGGUAGAACAGAAUCAUCACUAGAGAGAUCUUGUUUAAAAGCAGCCAAAUGAUAGGAGACAACUCAGAAGUAUAGUAUAAUAUUUUUUCCAUUUAAUGUUAAUUGAAAUAUGCCUGUGUUUGACACAACUUCAUUAAACCAGAAGCGGAUGUUCCACAUGUACAGUUGUUUUGUCUUCUAAUGUUUGUAAUGAGUCUGUAAUUUACAUGUUGGUAUGUUAUCCACAAUUUCAAUUUGUCCCCUCUCACCCUCUUGUGCACCUGGUAGCGCUGUUAAUCGAGAAUAAUGUGUUCUUUGUCUUGAGCCUGAUUGUUUCCCGCCAGUA